AUGACUUUUCAAGUUUGGGGGUGGCGGAGGACAAAUGUCCCUCAGAUUCCGUCUUGGAAGCCGGACACAGGACUGGAGGUGGGGAGGAAGGCGACGGGAGACCCCCGGGUGAGCGCGACCUCGGAUCCCACAGCAGUAGAGAGAGCAAACUUACUAAACAUGGCUAAACUGAGUAUAAAAGGACUCAUUGAAUCUGCUCUCAGCUUUGGCCGUACUUUGGACUCGGACUAUCCCCCUUUGCAGCAGUUUUUUGUUGUUAUGGAACAUUGUCUGAAACACGGUCUUAAAGUAAAAAAGUCAUUUUUAAGUUAUAACAAAACCAUCUGGGGCCCUUUGGAACUGGUGGAGAAGGUGUAUCCAGAAGCAGAAGAAAUAGGAGCCAGUGUGCGUGAUUUACCAGGUCUUAAGACACCCCUAGGUCGUGCCAGGGCAUGGCUUCGACUGGCUCUCAUGCAGAAAAAAAUGGCUGAUUACCUGCGCUGCUUAAUUAUUCAGAAGGAUCUCUUAAGUGAAUUCUAUGAGCAUCAUGCACUGAUGAUGGAAGAAGAAGGAGCAGUAAUUGUUGGGCUGCUGGUUGGCCUGAAUGUAAUAGAUGCUAAUCUGUGUGUAAAGGGAGAAGAUUUAGAUUCCCAGGUUGGAGUGAUUGAUUUUUCCAUGUAUUUAAAGAAUGAAGAAGAUAUUGGAAAUAAAGAAAGGAAUGUUCAAAUUGCUGCUAUAUUAGACCAGAAAAAUUAUGUUGAAGAGUUAAAUCGACAACUGAACAGCACAGUCAGCAGGCUUCACUCAAGAAUUGAUUCAUUAGAGCAUUCAAAUACUAAGCUGAUUCAAGAGUUAGCAAUAGCAAAGAAUAAUAUCAUUAAGCUCCAAGAAGAAAAUCAUCAAUUGCGAAGUCUUAAUAACUUGAUAUUAAUGAGAACACAGCAUCAUUUAGAGGUGACCAAAGUAGAUGUGGAGACAGAGCUUCAGACAUACAAGCACUCACGUCAGGGGCUGGAUGAAAUGUACACAGAAGCUCAAAGGCAGCUUCGGGAUGAAUCUCAGUUGCGACAAGAUGUGGAGAAUGAGCUAGUAGUACAAGUUAAUAUGAAAAAAGAGAUUGAACUUGCCAUGAAAUUGUUGGAGAAAGACAUCCAUGAGAAGCAAGAUAUUCUGAUAGGCCUGCGAAAGCAACUAGAGGAAGUUAAGGAAAUUAACAUUGCAAUGUAUCUUAAGUUGGAGGGUUCUGAAGGUGACUUGAAAGAAAAAAAUGAAAUAAUUGCACAAUUAGAAGAAAAAACCAAUAAAAUUACAGCAGCCAUGAGGCAGCUGGAACAAAGAUUGCAGCAAGCAGAGAAGGCGCAAAUGGAGGUUGAAGAUGAAGAUGAGAAAUAUCUACAGGAAUGUCUGAGUCAGUCCGACAGUCUGCAGAAACAAAUCUCUCAAAUGGAGCAACAGCUGGUUCAACUGGAAACUGAUUUGAAGAUUGAAAAAGAAUGGAGGCAGACUUUGCAGGAAGAUCUUCAAAAGGAAAAAGAUGCCUCAUCCCAUCUUCGAAAUGAGACUCAACAAAUCGCUAACCUUAAAAAAGAGUUCCUUACCCUCCAGGAUGAAAAUGAGCACUUGAAGAAAACUUAUCAGGAUCAAGAACAAGCUCUUCAAGAACUUGGCAACAAGCUUAGCGAAUCAAAGCUUAAAAUAGAAGAUAUAAAAGAAGCCAACACAGCAUUACAGGGACUAGUUUGGUUAAAAGACAAAGAAGCGACACACUGCAAACUUUGUGAAAAGGAAUUCUCUCUCUCCAAGAGAAAGCACCAUUGUAGAAACUGUGGGGAAAUUUUCUGUAAUGCCUGCUCUGACAACGAACUGCCUUUGCCUUCUUCACCAAAGCCAGUACGAGUCUGUGAUUCCUGUCAUGCUUUGCUGAUUCAGAGAUGCUCAUCUAAUUUGCCAUAG